AUGAGAACUCCCUUACCUCCUACAUUCAUCACCCCUUUUCUUGCUCGAUCUCGCUCACGCUCAAUAUUAGAACAUUCUUUAUCAUUUUCUUCAAUUUCUGACGGUAAUCCGUUGUUGGAACAGGAAAUUCCCACUAAACCCAACUCAAAGUCCAUAUCUUUUGAGAACCCCAAUCACCCACAAUCAAAAAAUCCGAAAACUGAAAAACCCAUCUCACAGGAUCCAAUUUUGUCUCAAUCCGAUGUCACUGAAGUUCUACUUUCUCAUAGAAACGAUCCAGAUUUUGUUCUGGGGCACUUCAAAUGGGCUACAAGAAAAGGAAUUGUGCCAGCUAAGAUGACUGGUGAUCCGUUUCUUGUUCUGGUCCAUAUUUUGAUGUGUUCGGAAAAACACCACGGAACUGCUAAGAAAUUGAUUAGCAAAUGUGUUACGGAGUUUUCGGAUACUGGGCCAGGUGAGCUUGUUUCCCAAUUUGUUGUUACUGCAGAGAAGUUUCAGUUUGAUUACGAUUCAAAUUCUAGGGUUGUCAAUUACUUUCUGGGUAGUUUGGCUCGAUCCUCUCGAUUGGAAGAUGCUGUUGUUUGUUUCAGGAAAAUGGUUGAAAAAAACAUUGUUCCUUGUGUUCCAUUUGUUCAUGUUCUUUUGAAUGCAUUGGUUAGGAAUAACAUGAUUACAGAAGCUCGAGUUAUGUUCAACGAUAUAGUAAGAAUGGGAAUUCCGUAUGAUUGUGCAAUGAUUCGAGUUAUGAUUCGUGGGUGUGUAAAAGAAGGUAAAUUUGAAGAGGCUGCACAGUACUUUUGUGAUGCAAAGGUGAAUGGGGUAGAGCUUGAUGCAAUAACUUAUAGUACUGCUAUUUAUGCUGUUUGUAAGAAACCCGACGCCAUUUCUGCUCGUGCAUUGUUGAAUGAGAUGAAGGAAAGAGGAUGGGUUCCUUCCGAGGGAACUUAUACGAAUGUUAUUGGAGCUUGUGUGAAGCAGAGAUUUAUGAUCGAAGCUUUAAAGUUAAAAGAUGAUAUGGUUAGUUGUGGGGUUCGUAUGAAUUUGGUGAUUGCCACGAGUUUGAUGAAGGGAUAUUGUGUUAAUGGAGAUCUUCGCAGCGCUUUGGAUUUGUUUGAAAAGAGUGUUGAGGACGGUCUUUGUCCAAAUAAGAUCACAUACUCGGUUCUGAUUGAAGGGUGCGUCAAUAAUGGGGAUACGGAAAAGGGUUUUGAAUUGUACACCCGAAUGAAAAAUGAAGGUAUCAAACCUAAUGUUUACAACAUAAAUUCGUUAAUAGCAGGGUUUUCUGAGGCUGGUUUGAUAGAAGAAGCAAAGAAACUCUUUGAUGAAGCUAUUGAAAUCGGUGUGGCGAAUGUCUUCACGUACAAUAAUCUUAUUUCGUGGUUUUGUAAAGUGGAUAAAGUAAAUGAAGCUUGUGAUGUAUUCGAUAAGAUGGUGAAAGAUGGAGUUUCUCCAACUAUUGUUUCGUAUAACAACAUCAUACUCGGCCACUGCAAAAGCGGAAAUAUGGAUGUCGCAUUAGAGUUGUUUAAUAUGAUGCAAGAAAGGGGUUUCAAAGCUAAUGUCAUCACUUAUAGCAUUUUGAUCAAUGGGUAUUUUAGGAAAGGUAAAAGUGAGCAAGCCCUAGCUAUCUUUGAUCAAAUGGUGGAUCUUGGGUUUCUUCCAUCCGACUACACGUUCAAUAUAGUUAUAAAUGGUUUGUGCAAAGUUGGCCAAACAUCCGAGGCUCGUUAUAUGUUGGAGAAAGCGGUGGAGAAGGGUUUUACCCCAACAUGUAUGACAUAUAAUAGCAUUAUAGAUGGUUUUGUUAAGGAGAGCAAUCUUGAUUCCGCAUUGGCUGUUUAUACAGAGAUGCACGAAGCCGGGAUUUGCCCAAAUGUUGUCACGUACACCUCUUUGAUUCACGGAUUUUGCAAAUUGAAGAACAUGGAUCUUGCUUUGAAAAUGAGGAACGAGAUGAAAAGCAAAGGUCUUGAAUUGGAUGUUACAGCAUAUGGUGCUUUAAUUGAUGGAUUUUGCAAAAGCAGGGAUAUGAGAAGUGCACGUGAAUUCUUUGACGAGAUUUAUCAAGUUGGAUUAUCUCCAAAUUCCGCGGUUUAUAAUAGCAUGAUAAGCGGAUUUCGGGAUCUUGACAACAUAAAAGAAGUUCUUGCCUUUCAAAAGAGAAUGGUCAAUGAGGGGAUCAUAUGUGACUUACCUAUGUACACUACUUUGAUUGACGGCCUGCUUAAAGCAGGGAAAAUAGUUUCUGCUUCCGAUUUGUAUGCAGAGAUGCUUGCAAAGAACAUAGUGCCAGAUGUUGUUAUGUAUUCGGUUUUGGUCAAUGGUCUUUGUAAUAAGGGUCAACUAGAGAAUGCACGGAACAUCUUGGAAGAGAUGGAGAAGAAGAGUGUGGUUCCUAACGUAGUUAUUUAUAAUUCACUGAUUGGUGGGUACUUUAGGGAGGGUAAUUUGCAACAGGCUUUCAAAUUGCAUGAUGAGAUGCUAGAUAGAGGUCUUGUACCUGACGAUAGAACGUAUGAUAUUCUUGUUACGGGUAAAGUCAAAGGGGAUGAGUCGAUGAUUGAAGCUUCAUGUUGAGUACAAGUUCAUUGGUUGGAUGGUUUGACCACUUUGACUUCAGAUGGCACUCAUUGAGGUCCAUCAAUUGGGACUUUCAUCCCUUCAUUGAAGUGCAAGGCAACAUCUUUCGCAGACGAGUUUGUUUAUCUUGCAGCAUUCGAGAAGAUCAAUGAUCUUGCCACACGCCCACACCUGGGAUCGUCAUAUAAAUCUUCAUAUCUGAACUAUGUUGUUCCAAAUGCUUGAAGAAGUUGAAAUUUUGAUCUAAUCCUGUGUUUGGGCAAUGCUCUUUCUCUCUGCACAAUUCAUGGAGUCUGAGAUUUCAAAGGCACCAAGAACACAAGUUUUGCUACCUAUAGCGCUCGGUGAGGUUCAUCUUUUGGCGCACACCCAACUUCUUCCAAAUCAACGUGACGGCCAGUUGCAAGGACGCUGGUAUUGGACGAUGGAAAACCGCAUA